AUGAGUGCCACGCCACCCCCAGCAGCAGCAGCAGCCCCUACGGCGAAAAAACAAAUGCCCGGAUGGAUGUCAAUCCCCGGUGGCCCACCGGAGCCGAAUGGCGCGGCGUUUCGCGCUAAAAUGAACCGCCUCGUGGAGGAGAGGCGGGCGCUCCUUGCGGAGGUGAAGACACUGCGGGCGUCGCUCGGACCGCGUGAAGGUCAGGAGGCAGUGGAGGCGGAACUCAGCGAGUUGCGGCAGCGUAUGGGUGAGAUUGAUACACAGCGUAAGGCAGAGCAGGAGAUGCGGUUUAAGAAGAAUGAAGAGAUUCAGAAGAUUCAGAAAAUACAUGAUGAACGGCUCAAUAAGCUGCAUGAACUCUCAGAUGGUCUGGGUGGGUUCAAGACUCUUAAAGAGAUUGACGAGGCAAUUGCAUAUCUUACACGUAAGAUGGAAACGAGUGGUGGUGGCUUGGCCGCUGAGAAACGCACUGUACGUCAGUUGAGUAAACUUGAGGAAGCGAAACGCUUCCUUCUGGAGAUGCAGCCACUUACAGAAGCUAUUACUGAGGCUAAACACCGUGAAGCGUUACUGCAACGUGAGUGGCAAGAAAUCAAUGAGCGUGUACGUAAUCUCAAGUCUGAGUAUAAUGAGCAACGCAUGACGAAACAACAGAAGGAACAAGAGUUACGUAAGACCGGUGUUAAUCGUCAGGAAGUGUAUAAAAAGUGUGAUGAGAUUAGCGCCAAAAUUAAGAGUCUGAGCGAUGAGAUGAACACUUUACGUGAGGAACAUAACAAAGCUGUGGAAGCUUGGAAUGCAUGGCGGGAAGAAGCACGGGCCAAAUAUGCUGCCAAAGUAGAGGCAGAACGAAAAGAGCGUCAACGACGUUAUUUGGAGUAUAAAAAUGCUGCCAAGAUGGAAGAGAAAAGAGCCCGCGCCUUGCGUCGUCAGAACCCUUAUGAGGCGGAGGCGGAUGCAUGCAGUACGUUGGUUCGAUAUCUGCGAGAUAAGAAGGCGAUGGUGCAGCGUGAAGAGGAAGAACUUGCCAGGCAAGAAGCGGCUGCAACAUUUGAUCCUACCAAGUUCCUUCCCGAAGGUGCUGUUCUACUUAAUGAUGGUAAAAAACGGACAGAUGCAAAUAAGGGUGGUGCUCUUGGUAAGAAAAACAAACAACAACAACAGCAGCAAAAACCAAAAGCAGGUACUGCGAAAAAUCGUGUACUCCAACAUAGCGAAGAUAAGAUUCGCCUGUUUCAACUCAUUAAUGAGGAGCCACCUUUGGCGUUAGCUGCCAUUGAUGCUUCUGUGGAGAGAAUUCGCGCCAAGCAAGUGGAGUAUGAAAGCCACAAAAAGACAGGUGAACUGGAGCUUUCCAGUGAUGACGACGAGGAGGAGGAAGAAGAAGAGAAUGUGGAACAAGAACAAAAAGAAGAACAAAACCAGGGUGAUGAGGAACAAGGAGAGGACAAGGAAUAA